CGGCCUCUAUUUCACGUGAAUAAAGCACAUGAAGAAGUAAAAGGCAGUUUGAGUGUAUGAAAGAAAAUGGAUAAACAAACAGCAAGUUAGUUGGGGAAAAAAUGUAUAAUUUAAAAUAUUGAGGAUAGAAUUGUUCGUCAACUACACAAAGCAUAUGUGUGUGUGUCGUUUUAAUCCUUUGUUCAUCAGCUUGUGGCCCUGUACUACCUGCUGUGGUGGCUGCCAAAUGCGUGUGGGUCUGCAGAUGAGAGGGGAAAAAAGUUUUAUGAUAGACCUGCAGCAAAUUAGCAGUUACGGGAAAAUCCCAUUUCUUUUGUAGCUAAUCUGUUUAAAUAGUUGGAUGGUCUGAAGUAAACGGAAAUGAAGAACGGGAGACAGGAAGAUAACAGAGAACGACGACUUUUUACUGACUUUAACAAGUAUGUCCCUCGUUAUAAAUUUACACAGCUCCAAGCGGCUCGUGACCCUGGCGCGAGGCCUGUCGCCCGCGUUUCUGCGCUUUGGUGGAAAGCGAACAGACUUUCUGCAGUUCAACAACCAGAAGAACCUCGCCAAGUUCAGAGGGCCGGGACCAGACUACUAUCUGAAAAACUACGAGGACGAUAUUGUGCGCAGUGACAUUGCACUGGACAAGCAGAAGGGCUGCAAACUGGCCAGCCAUCCUGACAUAAUGCUGGAGCUGCAGAGGGAGAAGGCGGCCACCACCCAGCUUGUUCUGCUAAAAGAGCAGCUGUCCAACAUCUACAGCAACAUUACAAUAACAGCCAGGUCUUUAGACAAACUGUACAACUUUGCCGACUGUGCUGGCCUGCACCUGAUCCUGGGGCUCAACGCACUACACAGAAAUCCAGACAACUCCUGGAACACCUCCUCCACCCUCAGCCUCCUGAAGUACAGCGCUGGCAAGAAAUACAACAUCUCCUGGGAGCUGGGCAAUGAGCCCAAUGCGUACCGCAGCAUGGUGGGUCGUGCGGUCAACAGCACCCAGUUGGCUCAGGACUACACCAAACUACGUACCCUGCUGCAGUCUGUGCGCUUCUACCACCGAGCUCACCUCUUUGGCCCCAACGCAGGACGACCCCGGAAGAACGCCAUUCUGCUGCUGGAUGGGUUCAUGAAGAAUGCUGGCUCUGUUGUAGAUGCAGUUACGUGGCAACAUUAUUACAUGGAUGGCAGAAUAAACAAAGCAGAGGACUUCCUAAAAACUCGACUUUUGGACACACUUGCAGAGCAGAUCAGUAAAGUGACCAAGGUUGUGAACACACAUACUCCAGGUAAGAAGGUGUGGCUUGGUGGACUUGGGCCAGCAUGGGCAAGUGGCAUCAGUAAUCUCUCUGACACGUAUGCUGCUGGCUUUCUGUGGAUGAACACACUGGGUAUGGCUGCACUGAAUGGCAUUGAUGUUGUGUUGCGUCACUCAUUCUUUGACUAUGGAUACACACAUCUUGUGGACCAGCAUUUUAACCCUCUACCUGAUUACUGGUUUUCUCUGGUGUUUAAACGUCUGGUUGGUCCCAAGGUUUUAGCUGUGCGAGUGGCUGGACUGCAGAGGAAGCCGCAACCAGGACGAGUCAUACGAGACAAACUACGUAUCUAUGCCCACUGUACCAGCUAUCAAAAUCAUAACUAUGUCAGAGGAUCCAUAACGAUCUACAUCAUCAACCUGCAUCGAUCGAGGAAGAAAAUCAAAUUGGCUGGAACGUUACGGAACAAGACUGUCCAUCAGUACCUACUGCAGCCCUAUGGCAAUGAUGGACUGCGAGCCAAACAUGUCCAGUUGAAUGGGGAAAAGCUGGUCAUGAUGAACAAUGAGACAUUCCCAGAGCUGAAGCCCAAGACACUGAGGGCGGGACGGACAAUAGCUAUGCCUCCCAUGACUAUAGGCUUUUAUGUUAUCAAAAAUAUUAAUGCUUACGCCUGUCGGAGAUAACAUUGAUCCUUUAUCCCCAUGAAGUAUCAUCUGAUACCACACCACCAACACCAGUUUCACUCAGAUUUUAAAGACUAGAAUACCACUUUGAGUAAUUUUAACAAAAUUCUCAAGUACUCUUACAAACAAAACAAUUCCCUGGAUAACAAAAGCUUCCAUCCGCACUGAUAUAUAUUUAAAUGAUCAAGCAGAUAAAAAAAAAAAUAAACCCAGUCUUUCUAAGUCCAAGACACACACGCACUGAAAACAUCCCAUUGCUUUUUACCAGCAGUUCCUCAAAUGCUACAAGACUGCAGUUGCAAAAAUAAAAAAACACACAUUUUUUAA